CCUGAAAUGAACUAGGAAAAACGGACAGUCAAGAAAAAUAAACCAAAGUUAAGUUUUGUCAGUUAGCAAUGUAUCUUGGUGCAUAGAACGGAUACCCAGCGUUCUUGUAGUGGGCCUCGGCAGCUCUCUCGUAGGCCUGUCUGGCCUUGUCAUAGGCCUUGCCAUUCCUGUAGCACAGAGCUGCUUUGUCGAAAGCAUGAGCUGCUCCUGCAUAGUCAGCACUCCACUUCAGCCAGUUUGUCUUCAAACUCUUCUCUGCCUCGAUUAUGAGCUUGUCUCCCUCUCUGACCUUAGCCUCGCCACCAGUAGCCAUGUUCUACUGCUGCAGCUUCUUGCAAAGCACAAGUACUAGUAAGCCAAAAAGAAGCGGUCCACCCUAAAGACUGUUCUAAUUUAACGACAGUAGGCGUGGCUUGCAGGUUUCAAUUUUACUGUGUAAUAAGGUAUCCCAAAUUGAGCACGCGGCCGAGGGGAUGGUCUACUAGCUGGCGGGCCUCCCUCGAGCUCUGUCCUUGUUUUUGCUGCCGUCCCGACUUCCUCCAAGUGUCACCUCCCUCUCCCACCACAUCUUCCUUCUCCGUGGAGAAAAAAUAGCGCCUGGAGUGAGAGCUCUAGCCAUGGCAGCAAGUGGUGUGUGGGCUAGAGUGUAUGCAGACGCCAACACACACAAGCCCAGGGACUACUGGGACUAUGAGGCCCAUCCCAUUGAGUGGGGGAACCAGGACAACUAUCAGAUAGUACGGAAGCUGGGUCGAGGCAAGUACAGCGAGGUCUUCGAGGCCAUGAACGUGGGUGCUGGUGAGAAAUGUGUCAUCAAAAUCCUCAAGCCGGUGAAAAAGAAGAAGAUAAAGAGGGAGAUAAAGAUUUUGGAGAACUUGAGAGGAGGACCCAAUAUUAUCGCACUGUUGGAUGUCGUCAAAGACCCGUGGUCAAGAACACCAGCUCUGAUAUUUGAGUAUGUGGACAAUACAGACUUCAAAACUCUGUACCAGAAGCUGACAGACUACGACAUUCGCUACUACCUGUACGAGCUGCUGCGGGCCCUGGACUACAGCCACAGUAUGGGCAUCAUGCACAGAGACGUCAAACCUCACAACGUCAUGAUCGAUCACAGUCACAGGAAGCUCCGUCUCAUUGACUGGGGUCUGGCAGAGUUCUACCAUCCCGGCCAGGGCUACAAUGUCCGGGUCUCCUCGCGCUAUUUCAAGGGCCCCGAGCUGCUGGCAGACUACCAGGAGUACGACUAUUCUCUGGACAUGUGGAGUUUUGGCUGCAUGCUAGCUAGUAUGAUAUUUCGCAAGGAGCCGUUCUUCCACGGUCACGAUAACUACGACCAGCUGGUGAGGAUUGCCAAAGUCCUUGGAACAGAGGAGCUCCACGACUACGUUGAGCGCUACAAGAUUGAUCUGGACCCCCGCUACUCUGACAUUCUCGGCAGACAUUCUCGCAAGCGGUGGGAGAAGUUUGUCCACAGUGAGAACCAGCAUCUGGUGAGCCGCGAGGCCCUCGACCUUCUCGACAAACUCCUGCGCUACGACCAUCGCGAGCGACUCUCCGCUCGGGAGGCCAUGGAGCACCCUUACUUCUAUCCGGUCCUGAAAGAGGCGGCCAUGAAUGCAGCUGGACCGACUAAUGUCACUCCCUCCUCCCUGCCUUCAGGUGCUUCCCCCUUCCCAAUAGCUGGUGGUCCUGAAACCCAACAGGUUCGCGAAGGUCUUCAGGACAUUCGGGAAGAAGCAACGGGCGGAGCUCAGAACGGCAGCCAAUGACAUCAUCAUUACAUCACUCCCCUAGCAAACUUUCUUUCGGAUGAUGCUUUUCUGUAACUGGUGACCUCGUGUCAAAAUGUAUCAUAUUGUAUGUAUUACACAUCACCUGUAUGUUAUGUUCAUUAUUACACGUCAUCAAUAGGUACAAUGCAGGCUCUGCAGCAUGCACAAACACAUCGACAUUUGUAUAUCCGUCUACAUUGAUUUUGUGAUGAAACCAUUGUAGUAUACAUCAGGAACGAAAAUGCCAUUUCACGCACGAGGAAACCUGUUCAUGGUAGUCUAAGUGCUUA